CCUAUUUUGAUGAGAAUCACAUGUUCGUGUCGCGUGUUUCUACCAAGUAAGAAAACGAUUAAAAAUAGUGCAAAAUAUGAUAAAUAUUUUGUAAUAUUAAUGAAAUAUAUCUAGAAGGUGUGAAAGUGUAACAAAAUGUCGAACGAAGAAGAUACUGUAAAACAUAAAACGCAUAGAGAACGAAAUGCUGGUCGUAAAGCUGAGAAGAAGAAAGCUAAAAAUCCACAUAUUCAAGAAUUAACGGAUAAACAGAAAAAUCCGAAAGCUUUUACAUUUAAUUCAGCAAUUAAAGCUGAACGACGAUUUCGACGUAAGCAGGAUAUCGAAACUAAAAAACAAUAUAUACCUUUAGUAGAUAGAACACCGUUAGAACCACCACCAAUCUUAGUCGCAGUAGUUGGACCACCCAAAGUUGGGAAAUCAUUGCUUAUACAAUGUUUAAUAAAAAGUUAUGUUAAGCAACCGUUGACUAAUAUAAUUGGUCCUGUUACUGUAGUAUCUGGUAAAAAAAGAAGGAUUACGUUUAUGGAAUGUAACAACGAUAUAAGUUGUAUGAUUGAUAUAGCAAAAGUAGCCGAUUUGGUUUUACUCUUAGUUGAUGCAUCUUUUGGUUUUGAAAUGGAGGUCUUUGAGUUUCUUAAUAUUUGUCAAGUUCAUGGUAUGCCUAGAGUCAUGGGCGUAUUAACUCAUUUAGAUUUAUUUAAAAACGCUAAACAAUUGAGAAAAACGAAGAAAAUAUUAAAACAUAGAUUUUGGACCGAAGUAUACUCAGGUGCUAAAUUAUUUUAUCUUUCUGGAUUAAUUCAUGAGGAAUAUCUUCGGACUGAAAUUAAAAAUUUGGCUAGAUUUAUAUCAGUGAUGAAAUUUAGACCAUUGACGUGGCGUACUUCGCAUCCUUAUAUUCUUGCUGAUAGAAUAGAAGAUUUAACGUUGCCUGAAUUGAUUAGAAAAAAUCCUAAAGUUGAUAGGACGAUAUGUUUAUAUGGCUAUGUUAGAGGAGUACCUUUAAUUAAAGAAUCUUCCAUUCAUAUUCCUGGAUGCGGUGAUCUUAGAAUUAAAGAUGUAAGCUUUUUAUCUGAUCCAUGUCCUCUUCCCGAACAAUUAAAAAAACGUGCAUUAGUAGAAAAGGAAAGAUUAAUAUAUGCACCAUUUUCUGGUAUUGGUGGGAUUGUUUAUGAUAAAGAUGCAGUUUAUUUUGAAUUAGCGGGUAGUCAUUCGCAUAAAAAUGAGGAUACUGGUUUAACUGGAGCAUUAAUGGAGACUCAAGAAACUUUAGAUCAAAAGUUACAACACAGUGAACUACAAUUAUUUAGUGAUACUGCACCUAUUAAAUCUCAGGAUGUUAAUGAAGAUUUUCAAUCUCAUUAUAUUGGGGAGAAUGUAGAGGAGGAUGGAAGAAUAAGAAGGAAAGUUAUUUUUUCUGAUUCAAAUGAAACUGCAGCAUCUAUGGAUGUGGAUUCCGAUUAUAGCGAAGAACAAGAUGAUGAUGAUAAAGAAGAAUUAAAUGAUGAUGAAAAUGAUGAAGAUGAUGAAGACGAUGAAGACAAUGCAGAAGAGAAUACAAUUAAAAAAGGUAUCAAAAGAAAAAAUCAGGAUUUACUUUUAUCCUCCACAAAGAAAAAGAAAACCAUUAAUUUUUCUAAUAUUAAUAACAAAGAUAAAGAUGUAGAUGAUUUUCAAGAUGAUAAUAAUGAGGAAGUAAAAAAUAAAACUGAAGUAGAAAUCUACCAUUCUUUAAGUAAAGAAUCUGAUAUUCGAGUAAAGAAUAAAAUUACAGAAGUUCUCAGUCUUUUCGACAAAAGUUCGAGUAAAAAGGACGUAGAUAUAAGUAAAAAUGAAAGCGAGAAUGAAAGUUUUGACGAGCUUAGUGACGAUGAUUCUCGUGGAGAUUUAGAAAUGGAUCAUUCUGAUAACGAUAACAAUGAUUUUCAAGAAGAGUCAAUGAAAGAAGAUAACGAUGGUAAUGAAAGCGAGGAAGAAGUUGCAGAUGAAUUUAAAUGGAAGUCUAAUUUAAUCGAUAAAGCCAAAGAAGCAUUUAGAAAUCGUCAAGAAAAUAAUAAAAGUUUAAUGAAAAUUGUUUAUGGAGUAUUUGACAAAGGUAUACAAAGUAAUAAUAAAGAAGAUGAACAAGAAGAAGAAGAAAAUGAUAGUAAAUCUGUAGGCGGAAUAUUUAAAAUUGUACAAGAAAAACAAAAACAAAAAUUACAAGAACGUGAAUUACAAAAUUUGGAAGAAAAUAUUUUCUUUUCCAAAGAACCUUCUCGUGAUUGGUUGGAAGAGGACAAUAAAGUAUUGUUAGUUAAUUGUUUUGUUACUGGCAAAUGGAAAGAAUCGGAAGAUGCGGAGGAACUUUUAAAAUUAGAUGAUAUGGAUGACAAUGAAAUAUAUGGAGAUUUUGAAGAUUUAGAAACUGGAGAGAAACAUAAGGCAGAUGAUUCGCAACCAUCAAAAGAAAAUGAAUUAGACGAAAAGAAACAGCUUCUUGAGAAAAAAAGGAAACUCAAAGAACAAUUCAAUGCUGAGUAUGAUAAUGGAGAAACAAAGACAUAUUAUGAUGAAUUGAGACAAGAAGUUGACAAACAAGCAGAAAUAAACAAGUCAGAAUUCGAAGGGAUAGAUGACGAUGUUAGAGUUCAGUUAGAAGGUUAUCGUCCAGGAAUGUAUGUACGUGUAGAAAUACAAGGUGUUCCUUGUGAAAUGGUUAUAAACUUAGAUCCAUCAUAUCCGCUCAUUAUUGGAGGAUUAUUGCACGGAGAAGAGAAUAUCGGUUAUGUGCAAACACGAAUUAAGAAACACAGAUGGUAUCCGAGAAUAUUGAAAAGCAAAGAUCCUAUAAUACUUUCUGUAGGUUGGAGAAGAUUCCAAACGUUACCAAUUUAUGCUAAAUUAGAAGAUAAUCUUCGUAGUAGAAUGUUAAAAUAUACUCCUGAACAUAUCGCUUGUAUGGCACAUUUUUGGGGACCUAUAACACCACAAGGUACUGGAGUUCUUGCUGUUCAAAAUAUUGCUACAAGAGAACCCGGUUUUAGAAUAGUAGCUACUGGAUCCAUUGUAGAAAUGGAUAAGAGUACUCAAAUAAUGAAAAAAUUAAAACUCACUGGUGUACCAAUGAAAAUUUACAAAAAAACUGCAUUUAUCAAGGAUAUGUUUAACAGCACUUUAGAAGUAGCUAAAUUUGAGGGUGCCAAGAUUAGAACAGUUUCUGGUAUUCGUGGUCAAAUAAAGAAAGCAGUUUCUAAACCGCCAGGUUGUUUUCGUGCUACGUUUGAAGAUAAAAUAUUAUUGAGUGAUAUAGUUUUCUGUCGUACUUGGUACAAAAUCGAUGUACCUAAAUUCUAUAAUCCUGUAACGUCGCUUUUGUUACCUCCCGCGGAAAAGAAUCAAUGGCGUGGUAUGAAAACUACUGGUCAAUUAAAACGAGAAAGGAAUAUUCAUGCAACUGUUAAUACUGAUUCACUUUACACUCCUAUUGAAAGAAAAGUGAAAGUAUUUAAACCCUUGGUUAUACCACGUAAUUUACAAAAAGAACUUCCCUACAAAGACAAACCUAAAUUUGGACCUGAUCCUCACACGCGUAAGACUAAAUUUGCAGAAAAUAGAGUUGCAGUGGUGCGAGAUGCUAAAGAAGAAAAUGUUGCGCGUCUUAUGAAAAUGAUUAGAACGGCAUACGCGGAUAAGCAACAGAAACUUAAAAAAGCUACGACAAUUAGGAUAAAAGCUCUCAAAGCACGAGUUAGAGUAGAAGAAGCUAGAAAAUUAAAGAGACAAAAGGAAAGUAAGAAAGAAAUCUUUAGAGAUCUUAGUAAAUUAAAAAAAAAAAGUAAAAAGAUGUAAUUUUAAAAUAUAA